AUGGGGCUUACUAGGAGAAUGGGGAAGCGGUGGGAUCUCAUGGUGGGCUCCUGCAGCACGGCGAAGUCUCAAGGUUCUCUCCACAACCCUAGGGCGGUUUCGUGGCAGUGCUCGCGCUGGCCUCGGUUCAGCAAGGGACAGGCGUGGGCAGCCGGUGGGCGUCAGUGUGACCGGCAGGCGGGGGGAGGAGAGUUUCUAGCUAUUGUGCAGGCCUCAAAUGCAUACCUUCAGUUGAGGGGUAAUGAUACUAAGACGCGAUUUGAGUUUGUUGAAGACAUGCCUAGAGAUGGUCAUCCUAUUAAGGCUCCAGAUAUGUCUUUUAUAGUUGGGAAGCUGGUUUUUAUACAGAUUAUAAUGCUCCUUUUCCUGACUUGUAUCACCUACCAAGUCACCGGCGCGACCCCCUUCGGGCAGUGCCUGAGAGAGAUAGUUGAUAGAUUCUUGCAACAACCAGAUACCAGUUAUUCAGUCAUAAUCGAUAACAUUAGGAAAGUGUACCCUCCAAAAGAUGGAAAUGCAGAAGUAGUUGCUGUCAAAGGCUUCUCACUUUCUAUCCAACGCGGACAAUGUUUUGGACUUGGUUCAAAUGGUACUGGAAAAACCUCUCUCAUUAGCAUGUUGACUGGAUUUACUAAACAUACAUCUAACACGGCUUAUAUUGAUGGAAUGGACAUACGAACAGACAUGAGCGAGAUUUAUACAAGAAUAGGUGUUUGCCCACAAUUCAAAUUACUAUGGGAAACACUGACUGGCCGUGAGCAUUUGAUGUUCUAUGGCAGACUAAAGAGAUUGAACGGUGCUGCGUUAAUUGAGGCUGCAGAACAAUCUCUAAAAGAACUACAGAUAUUUGAUGGUGGUGUUGCUGAUACUCUGGUUUCACAAUACAGCGGUGGCAUGAAACGUCGUCUCAGCGUUGCUAUAUCCCUAAUCGGCGACCCUAAGGUGGUUUACUUGGACGAACCAAGUACAGGAUUGGAUCCAGCAUCAAGGAGUGCCUUAUGGAACGCUCUGAAGUUUGCCAAAAAGGACAAAGCCAUAAUCCUCACAACGCAUUCGAUGGAAGAGGCCGAGGCUCUAUGCGACCGGAUAGGAAUAGCCGCGUAUGGACGUCUCCGGUGCACCGGAACCUCCAAAGAGUUGGAGGCGAAGUACGGAGGCACGUUCGUGUUCACGGUGACGGCGGCGGCGGGCGAAGACGAGGCGGUGGAGCGGCUGGUCCGGUCCAUCUCCCCCGCCGCCAAGCGGACGUACCACAUCGCCGGGACGCAGAAGUUCGAGCUGCCCAAGCAGGGGGUGAGGAUCGCCGAGGUCUUCCGCGCCGUGGAGCAGGCCAAGCGCUCGCUCAACAUCGCCGCCUGGGGCCUGGUCGACACCACGCUGGAGGACGUCUUCAUCAAGGUCGAUUGCUGA